UUGUCUAUUGAUUGGUUUACAAAAAAUUUUUGUGUGUUCACGAAUCGCACAAAAGUGUGUUACCAAGAAGUGUAAACAAUACCAACGACGAUAAAUUAUUGGAGCACUGAAAGCAAAAGGCUUUGUGCGUUUAACAUCACAUAAAAUAAAGAAUUUUAAUAUUAAUUAAGGCAGAAAAAUUGGCGGCGCAACCGGAAGCGGCAAACAAAAUGUCUCAAGUCCAAGUGGAAGAACAUGGCGAUCACCAUGUGCACUUUGACACCACCAAUCUGAAGGACGAUUUCGAAUCGGACAGCUGUGUCACCUACCAACGUUCCGGCGACACAAUUGUCAUCAGUUUGGGUUUCCUGCAAGUCAAUCACCGCUAUCUGAUCGACCUUAAACUGCCCGUGACAUUAUUCGACAAUCUCGGCACAACAUCUGGCAGUCAAUUUGAGCCCGCAGUUACCACAGUUCCUAACUUACAUUGCCGCAUUACAGAAUUUUCCGGCUUAAAGCAUGACGAGCAUGAUUUCUAUGAAAUGAAAAUCGAAUUUUUCGCCUACAAAGAGAAACUGCUACGCGAAGUGAUACACAUUGUUAACUCGAACAAUUCGCAGGAGGUGCUUAAGUUGAUGAUAGCAGCACGUGUGCUGGGCAAAGGCAAGGGUACACCGAUGCUGCGCAGUGGUAUACAUUGCAUAGGCAUUGAAAGGGAUGACGGGGACGAGUCGGAGGCGUCAGAUUUUCCCGGCUUUGGCAAGGGCACCUAAGGGGAAGCAACAGAGUGCCAAAGCAUAAAUUAAAAUAAACCAAAAAAAAAACAAAAACACAAUUAAAACUGUAUUA